UAAUUGUAAUAUGGUUUAAUGAAACUGCAUUAGAACUGGAUAUUAUGGAUUUCACACGAGAGUGAGACCACAAAGUAUGAUGAAAAUAAGCCUAGUAAAUUGAGACUUAUUAGUAUAUUAAUUAGCCUGGUCUUAAGUGGGUCGACAAAAACAACGCAGUUUUGUAGUAGAACCACAGUUUAAUAAUCGUGCGUGAAAUUUAUCAAUUUUUAACAAUUGUGUGAUACCGGAUCUAGUAGUUAGUAGCUUUGCUAGUUCGGACAUCUAGAAGUUUCUCAUAGAAGAAGCCAUCUCAUAUGUGUGCCCAAGAUAUGUAGGAAUGGUCAAAAUAUCCGUUGAAGUUUUAGUUAAGUUAUGGAUGCGAACUUCCCGUCUGCAGCGUUUACUGCUUGCCAUUGUUGUUGUAUUUGCCCUUGGAGUGCUGUACAACCUGACUUGGAAAACAACAGAAAUUGUAAGACCUGAGUCUUUACAAAUUAUACCAGAAGUAGCUCCCGCCUUCUCCGACCGCAAGUACGUGCCAGUUCCGCCAUCUCAACUAGAUGAUAUGCGAGCAAAUAACAUCGACUUAGAAUCUCAUCAACCUUUACCUAUUAUAUCCGACCAGUCAGACAGCGUCAAGCAAAGAAGGGAGGCGAUUCGAGCAGCGUGCCGUCAUGCGUGGCGAGGCUACAAACGAUUUGCGUGGGGCCACGAUCACCUAUUACCCAUUUCGAAGCGUUUCGAAGACUGGUUUGGACUAGGUUUAACAAUUAUCGAUGCUUUGGAUACGCUGUACAUAAUGGAACUACAGGAUGAAUUCCAGGAGGCCCGAAACUUCAUCAAAGAUGAACUGAAUUUCAAUAAGAAUAAAGACGUCAACUUCUUUGAGGCAUCAAUUCGAGUUUUAGGCGGGCUUCUCGGUACCUAUACUUUAACCAAAGAUCAAUUGUUCCUUGACAAAGCGAAGGACAUCGGAGAUCGUCUAUUGCCAGCAUUCAACUCACGCUCCCGAGUUCCGUUUAGUGAUGUCAACAUCGGUGCAGGCGUGGCUCACGGUCCCAACUGGGCGCAGGAUUCUACUGUGUCCGAAGUGUCUAGUGUGCAGUUGGAGUUCCGUACACUUUCUCGUUACAUUGACGAUCCGAAAUAUGAACAAAAAGCAUUCUUUGUUUCCGAGCACAUUCAUAGCCUUACGAAGCCACGCAAUCUAGUGCCUAUGUUCAUCUCAACAGACACAGGCCGCUUUGGCUCAGACCAAACGAUUACGUUGGGUGCUCGUGCCGACUCCUACUACGAAUAUCUUCUAAAGCAAUGGAUUCAGACUGGAAUGAAAAUUGACUUCCUACGUGAUGAUUAUCUAGCAGCUAUGGAGAGCGUGCGAGAGCAUUUAGUUCGCCGAAGUGUCCCUAGCCAACUUCUAUUUAUUGGAGAACUUAAGGGCAAAAACUUCUCUCCAAAAAUGGAUCACCUGGUUUGUUAUUUACCAGGAACUCUCGCUAUGGGCCAUUUCAUGGGAGGACUCCCUAAAUGGCACUUAGAAUUAGCGGAGAAUCUUUUGCAGACGUGCGUGAAAAUGUACACAACAACAGCGACCGGUCUCAGCCCUGAAAUCGUGCACUUUAAUCUUGCUAAAAAUGGAGAUCAUGAUAUUAUAAUUAAGUCUAACGAUGCCCAUAACUUGCUUCGACCGGAAACUGUGGAGUCUUUAUGGUAUAUGUGGUACUUUACGCGGAACGAAACGUACCGACGCUGGGCGUGGGACAUUUUCAAGGCAUUCGACGACUACACUAAGGUUACAUCUGGAGGAUACACAUCGAUCGGUAACGUCCAGAAUAAAAUGUACACUCGACCAAGAGACAAAAUGGAGUCUUUUUUCCUUGGAGAGACAUUAAAAUAUUUAUAUUUAAUGUUUGCCUCCAUAGAAGACUUGGAAAAAUAUUCGCCGAAGAAAUUCGUGUAUAAUACUGAAGCACACCCGCUCCCAAUAUAUGAUCAUCAGUUAUAAAGACAACUACGCUACCAACGAAGCCUAAAAUACUACGACUAGGUCAGAAAGUUGUGUGUGUAUGUGCAUGUACGAACGCGCCCGCGAGCGCCGGUGUAAGUUAGUUUUACAUUAAUUGAUACAGCAGGAUGCACACAUCCACUGCUGCUUCGGAUGUUGAUGGUGAUAAUGUUAACGGGGAGGACGGAAAUAAUGAUGAGGAUUCAUUGGUUGGAAUUGUUACGUUCAACGUGACCAGAGGCUAGCAAUAGCCUCGGUACUUCUGACUACACUUAAAUAAUCGAUAUGAGGUGCCAGCGGGGAGAGAGCAAAUUACAUGAGGCAGCGUGGAACUCUGUCUCAUAUAAUUUGCUAACUUCUGAAAGAUGGCUUCCAUACCGAUACCGUGAUAAACGGUGCAUAUAAUGCAUUGAGUUGCAGUCAAUUCAAUGGAAUGCCAUUUACUUGCAGCUACCGAGGAUAAUGAUGAUGUCUAAAUAUUGCUAUUGUUAACAGACUCAGGAAGUUUACAAAAAGACAAGUAAGUUAUUUUUUUGUAAUAAAAUAUUUUUGCGUUUGAGUUUUGAACAUACCUCGUAACUAGCGCUAAUUUGUAGCUAAAAUGGGUACCUUCCUAGUGCGAAGCUCUCGCUUUGUACGGAACUGUUUGUCUGCAAUCAAAGCAAGUUUACGAUACAUCUAUAAAAGAGGUAAUACAACAAUGGGUUUAUUGGCGAUCUAAUUAAGCGUAUAUGAACAGCCGUCUCUAGCAGUUGCUUCUAUGGCAGAACUCGACUUUUCGAACUAGACCUAAAAUUAAGCCCCUGGUUAAAAUUUCUUUAGUGAUGUCCUACUUGUCUUGAUUGUGUAAUUACAUGUAAUAAAAUAUAACAAAUAAGAUUAUGCGUUCGCUCUCGAAUUAUAAUCUAACUAUUUUGGUAAUGCAAAUAACUUUUUAACGCUGAACUUUAUCGGAACAUGCUUGCUGAUCGAACCAUUUGCUCUAAUAUAUGUAACGGAGCAAUCUAAUUACUAACAUCGAAAGGUCGAGCACACUCAACGGAUGCAAAGUAACAAAUAUUUAUCAUCGUACAACAAAUGACAGGACUGUGCACUUGCGUGUGCAUGGUGCCGAUUUUCCUGCUGGUAAUCUAUUCGCCCGGAAUGUAGUUUUCUGAGAUGGUCGCUGUCCGAUCGUGAGUGGCUACUCAGUUCAUAAAUCUUAGGGCGUACUUAGGCCGAUUAUAAGUACGGGUAGUAAGCGUAGUCAAAGUCUUAUUUAAUUGGCCGUUAUUUAAGUGUAUUUUUUCGUUCCACUGCGAGAUGCUAAAAAAGAACAUGACAGAACGAGUGAUGACGCUUUGGUCAGAAUUGACCCCUGAAAUUUUCAAGCUGAAAUGUUUGUUAUUUAACGAAUUUUCUUAAAACGUAUUUUGUUAACAGAUUCCUUCUAUUACUAUUGUCAAAUAUGCAGAUGUAUUUAUAACAGCUUCUCUUAUGGAUUUUGCAUGUAGUCGAUAUCUAGAUAAUCUUUGUGUCUUGCAAAGGUUUUGGGACGAGAUUAUGCACAUCGAUUCCGUCGAUACUUCACGGACCUUGUGUGCACCACGAAAGAUAUUUAUCGUUUACAGCCGGAUUCUUAAUAACGUGGAAUCCUCCGUCGGAAAUAUGUAUUGUACUAGUAUGCUAUCAAAUAUUUUUUAAUAUAAAUUUUGUUAAAUCUCCAAAUAUUUGAAAUGACGAUGCCAACUCGUUUUGACAUGGAUUCAAUAUUGUUGGGAAAUCCAAAUACAAGCCAGGUUGGUGCAUUUCUGCCUACCACAUUAUUUUACCAGAUUUUUUUAUUUCCGGGUCAGCUUUUGACUAUAUCAGGUAACAAAACUCAUAAUAAUUUCACAAAAUAUUCUUAGCAUAAAUCACUUGUUCUGAAUCUUGUAAUGACCCAGCAAGCCACAAAAUAUAGCCUUCGAAAAAACACAGGCUAAUGUAAAGAAAUAAACCAAAUCCCGUACCCCCUACCUGCGUCAAGGCACAUUACUGUGCAAAAUAAAUUCUGUUCUAUCGAUCGAGGAAUUGCUAUGGAUCAAAGAAGACUGUUUCCUAGCGCCAACAUGGCAUGAUAACGGAAUAGCGUCACCUUGCAGCGAUAAUUUUUCCAAAAAAUCUACAACUUGGAUUUCUUAGCCUAAAAGUUUAGUUAGGCUGUACAACGAAAAAAAUAUUUGGUUGUAACGAAAAAAAAAAAAAUGGUAGGCAAAACUUGAAUCCAAAUUUCCAAAGGCAACUAAUAAUUACUUGAUAGUACUGCGUUAAGAAGAUAUGAUGCAAUCGCGAUGUCUAGUCAAUAUGUUUGUAAAGUUGGGGCAGGUGUAUUCGAUACGAAAGAUAUGUAUUGCUGUUUAGAAUGAUAUAUGACUAUUACUAAUAUUAUUUAUUACGUCGCAAGUACUUAUCUGUACUACGUACUUAUGCUAAAUAGAGAAAAGGCUUCAAGCCAUUUUGUAGCAAAGAAAGUGCGCCAAUGAAAAUCCUUUAUAAACUGUACAGUAGAUUGUAUAUAUCUAUAUAUACAUAAGUACUAAAACUACAAUCUAUAUAGAAAAACAUGCUAAGUGUGAGGUCAAUUGUAAAGUACGGGAAACGAAUAAAUGUGAAUUUCA